AGAGAGAGAGAGAGAGACAGUGACAGAGAGAGAGAGUCAGAGGGAGUUUUGCUGCUGCAGUAACAGCAGAUUUAUUAGGAAGCAGAAAUGGGACCGGCUGCCACUUCGCUCGCUCUGCUGUGCUUGUGUUCUCUGGGUGUGUGUGUUCCUACAGGGACGGACGACGCUACACAGGCGGAGUUGAAAAAGGCGAGAGGGGACGUUCCUGAUAUUCUUCCAGAACCUGAACCUGAACCAGAGCCAACCAGCCCGGUGUCAGACUUUGAAAACUCGUACAACUAUGUCUUGUCUAGACUGGCCGAUAUGGACCAGGCGAUCCACAAGCUGAAUGUGGGUCAUUACACUCUGGAUGUUAAAGUCAGUCAGUUAAUAGACCGUCUGACCAGGGUGGAUGUGAAAGUCGAGGAGCUGGAGGACAGCAUCCGGGAGGUCUACCAGCACAGCAAGGACAACCGCAAGGAGAUGGGAAGACUAGAAGGUUGCCAGAAGGGGCACAGGAUGGGAUACAAAUGCUAUCUCGUGUACAACAGCCUUGAGGACUACGCCGGAGCAUCCAGGAAGUGUCUAGAACGCGGCGGCCGCAUGGCAAUGCCCCGCGACCGCAGGGAGCAGGAGUCCCUCGCCGACUACGUCAAGUCUUUCUUCCACCCGGGGAACUGGCCCGUCUGGCUGGGCAUCAACGACCUGCAAUCUGAUGGCAUGUACCUCUUCGACGAUGGGACGCGGGUCUCUUACUUCCAAUGGCGCAGACACUUCCUGUCCAGCCAGCCGGACGGAGGGAGGCGGGAGAACUGCGUGGCGAUGUCGUCAGACGAUGGCGACUGGUGGGACCACUACUGUGAUCGGACCAUGAACUAUAUGUGCGAGUUUGAUGACAGGGAGACACUUUAAAUGAAACUAUUUUUCAAGAUUUACUCUCUAACCCCGUUACUUUGACCUCCGUGAUUAUUAGAAAUAAAAGCCCCCUUAUAUUUUAAAAUAACUUAUGGCCCUUUAAAAGACUUACAUGGAUUGGUUGUAUUCAUAGUCUUCAAUUCUCCAUAUGAAAACUAGAGUUUCAAUACAAAAAUCAACUAUAAUUUCAUUUCUAAAUGCAACGAGUGCAGCACUGCUUAAGUACAGUCAGUGUCUUGCGGGAUAAAAACAUUUUUAUGAAAAUAUUUCACGUCAAACAUACGUCUCAAAUGCGCACAAGUUCACGUAUUUCUAUUUAAAUGACUUCAUCAGACUAUCCCAGUAUUAUAAAUAUUAUAGUAUUCAUGCAGCUGUGUUGAUAUGAAUGUACUCUGGUGUGAUCUCACACCUGGAAUUCUAAAUAUUUGUUCAAAGUUUCCAAAUAAGAAGGGAAAACAUGAAAAGCUGGUACGCUCUUCUUCAGAAUCAGCACAUACUGAACCUCUCGAGGGUAUAAAUGAAUGUGUGUUUGGGCUUAACGGGAAUUAAGCAGUGCUUCUCUGUUACUUCUGAACUUUAACAAAGUCUUGUCUCUGGCCAGAUCACUUCAUGAGUUCAUGACAGCAUGAUGACUGUAUGUGAAUGUAUCCUGAGUCCUACAGUAUGUUAAACAAAACAGUUGUACAUAAAAAACUGAAUGAAAAUGUUUUUCAUGAAUCUUUACUACGUUUAAAUAAUUGUGAGUGAAUACCAAAAUGUAACACA